AUGGCAUCAGACAUCAUGCUUCCACCGAAGAUUGUUAAAAAGAACUGGAUGACGUGCGGAGAGACUUACUGCAUGAAGGCGGGAGACAAGAAAAUAUUCCGCGUGCGAGCCAACAUGGACGUCUGCGCCAUUUUCGUGCACGGGGAUGGGAGCACAGAACUCGAGAUGAACUGCAAGACAUUCGACCUGUCUGCCUGCACGAAAGAAUACUUUUUCGUUCAAGACCAAACUUCUGAGAAACGGUUCUGUGGAAAGAAAGGUCCCGAGAAGAUGACAGGAGUGCAAGCCUUGUACCUGUUGUACGAGAGAGCCCAGCGGAGUCGGAGGAGGAGGCCGAGGGUGUGGUGUUCCAUCGAAGGGGUGGAGCCUGAUGGUGCGGGCAGCGGCGUUGAGGGUGAAGAUGAGACCAGCUCUGCCGUCCAAGCAAUAGGGUGUGACAAUGUGUGCGGCCAGGCUCCAGCGGGCGCAGGAGCAACCAGGAUCGUGGGCGGGGAGGAGGCGGGCGCGGGAGAGUAUCCAUGGAUGGUGAGGUUGGAUAUCUCCCUCGGCAGUGUCAGCAGGUCGUGUGGAGGUGCCAUCCUGACGACCACGCACGUCGUCACAGCGAGUCAUUGCGUGGACGAUGAAAACUUGGAGGUCACGGUGAGAGCGGGCAUGCAUGACCUGGCCUCGUAUCAGGAGAACACAACCCAGAUUAUCAAGGCCAGGCAAGUUCUCCUGCACCCGGAGUUCAGCCCCGUGACUUCCGACAACAACAACAAAGACGGCAACAAGGACAGCAACAAGGACGGCAACAAGGACGGCAACAAGGACGGCAACAAGGACGGCAACAAGGACGGCAACAAGGACAACACCGUGAACGACAUCGCACUGCUGACCCUCGAGGAGCCCCUGGAGUGGGCGUCGGGCGUGGGUCCCGUCUGCCUCCCUCCCGACGCGGACUUCGAGGAUCGGGUGGCGGUCGUCACGGGCUGGGGCGCCACGGGGUCGAACGGGCCAUACGCCACGAAGCUCAACGAAGUAGCUGUUACUAUCACGGACCAGGAAAUGUGUGAAAAGGCUUAUAUCUCCUCAGACUUCCCUGUCACUGAUAAACACAUCUGUGCCGCUGAUCCUGGGAAAGACGCAUGCCAUGGUGACUCAGGGGGUCCGCUUGUCAUCAAAGAAAACGGGAGAUGGGUUUUGAUCGGCAUUGUGAGCUUCGGCAGGGGGUGUGCCUUGCAAGGAUUCCCAGGCGUGUACACCCGCGUUUCCUCCUACAACACUUGGCUCCUUAGAAAUAUGACUUUUGGAUCGUGUUGACAGUCCUUCAUAGCAAGGGUGUGUCAGGUCCAGUUUUUGAAAUUAAA